AUGCUUAUUCUUAUUGUUGUUUAUCUGUGGGAUUUACUCAUUAUUAUAACAACUGCUGUUGGUGGUCAACAACAAUUACGUACUCAAACAUUUGACAUCACUAUUGGUGGUGUUUUUACUGAUAGAGACGAAGGAACAGAAACUCAAAGUAUGGAAAAUAUAUUUAAAUAUGCUAUUUUUCAUUAUAAUCGUUUGGCAAAAGAAGCACAUAAUUUGUCAUUUAAAAUACGUAUUAAAGAAGAAACAUUAAGUUUAAUUGCUGCUGAAUCAGCUGUACAAACUGUUCAUGAUGUCUGUACUCUUGUACAUCAACGUCGUGUACAAGGUAUAUUUGGUCCACCUUAUCCUGAAUUAGCAACACUUGUUCAUUCAAUAUGUUAUCAUGUUGAUAUACCCUUCAUAAAUGUAUGUUCAUCAUGCUAUGAUGCAGAAAAUGCUGAUGACGAACCUAAUGAUGAUAUUGACCAUACGCCAAGACGUGAUCGUAUGUCUAUUAAUUUAUAUCCGUCCAAUCAAGAUCUUAAUGUUGCUUUUCAUAAUUUAACACAUAAAUUAAAAUGGACUAAAUUUCUUAUUAUAUAUGAUAUGGAUUCAGGUUUGACACGUCUACAAAAAUUGCUCAAUGAUCCAGGUGUCAAUCAAACUGAUAUCCUUGUACGUCAAUUUACACAUUAUAAAGAUCGUAGCGUACUUAAUGAUGCUAUUGGACGUGGUAUCAAUAAUAUCAUAUUAGAUUUAAAUGAUUUAAAUACUCGUACGGUAUUAAAAAUGGCUUUACAAAUGGGAAUGAUCAAUGCACAUUAUCAUUUUGUAUUAACAACAUUGAAUGUUGAUACAUAUGAUUUAGAAGAUUAUAGAUAUAAUUUUGUUAAUUUAACAGCAUAUCGAUUAUUUAAUCGUCGUGAUGCACGUGUACAAAUGGCAAUGGAAUCAUUUUUUGCUUUUAAAACAAUGCCAAAUAAUGAAACUAAUCGUCGUUUAUUUACAACUUCAGUUGCAUUAUGGGCUGAUGCUGUACUUGCAUUUGCAUAUGCUUAUGAUAAAUUAAUUGCAUCACAAUUACAACUUGGUGUAGAUUUAAUACGACCGAAUAUUUCAUGUACUGAUGGUCGUGGAUGGUCAUUAGGAAUUGAACUUCAUUCAAAAUUUAAUCAAAUUUCUUUUGAUGGAAUUACUGGUAAAAUACAAUUUACAUCAAAUGGAGAACGCACAGGAUUCGAACUCGAUGUUGUUCAUCUAUCGGAAACUGGCAUAUCAAAAAUUGGUUCAUGGUCACGUACAAAAGGUGCGAAUUUUACAUUAACAUCAGUUACACGUGGCGGUUUAUUUAAUUCUACAUUAAUUGUUACAACUAUUGUUGAAGCUCCUUAUGUAAUGUUUAAAAAUAGUCAAAAUAUAAGUGAUUUACUCUAUCAAAAUUAUACAAAUAAUGAUUUUGAAGGAUUUUGUGUUGAUCUAUUAGAAGAAUUGUCUCGUAAUCUUAAAUUUCAUUAUAAAAUUAAACCUAUUACAACAGCUCGUUAUGAUGAUAUGGUUGAAGAAGUGAAACACAAACGAGCUGAUUUAGCUGUUGCACCCUUAACUAUAAAUUAUGCAAGAGAAAAACAAAUUGAUUUUACUAAACCCUUUCUUAGUUUGGGUAUAGCCAUUCUAUUUAAAUUACCUAAACCUGAAAAACCAGGUUUAUUCAGUUUUUUAAGUCCACUCUCACUUGAAAUUUGGAUUUAUACAUUUGCUGCUGUAUUUACUGUUAGUUUUAUUCUAUUAUUAAUUGCUCGAUGUUCACCUGAUGAAUGGCGUAAUCCUUAUCCAUGUGAUACUGAAUAUGAUAUUUUGGAAAAUCGUUUUACAGUUAGUAAUACAUUAUGGUUUUCUAUUGGAACAUUAAUGCAACAAGGUUCCGAUGUUAGUCCUUCGGCUAUAUCAACUCGUCUUGUAUCUGGUAUAUGGUGGUUUUUUACAUUAAUUCUUAUCUCAUCUUACACUGCUAAUUUAGCUGCUUUUUUAACUGUUGAAAAACUUGUUAAUCCAAUCGAAAGUGCCGAAGAUUUAGCUAAACAAACUAAAAUUAAAUAUGGACUUGUUCAAAGUGGUUCCACCGAACAAUUUUUUCGAGAAUCGAGCAUUCCAACUUAUCAAACUAUGUGGAAACAUAUGCAAAAUAAUCCGGAUGUAUUUGUUAAAAAAACUCAUGAUGGUAUUGAACGUGUUAAAGCUGAAUCAUAUGCAUUUCUUAUGGAAUCAACAUCAAUUGAAUAUACAGUACAACGUGAAUGUAAUUUAACGCAAAUUGGUGGAUUACUUGAUAAUAAAGGUUAUGGAAUUGGUUUACCAGAAGGAAGCCCAUAUCGUGAACGUUUUUCUGAAAUAAUUCUUGAUUUACAGGAAAAAGGAAUUAUUCAAAAAUCCUAUAAUAAAUGGUGGAAAGGUAAAGGAACAUGUUCAUCAGAAAAAAAAGAUUCCAAAGCAAAUCCAUUGGGUUUAACGAAUGUUGGUGGAAUCUUUGUGGUGCUGCUUGGCGGUGUUUUUCUUUCGUUAUUAGUUGCUAUCCUAGAAUUUUUAUGGCAUGCACGUAAAAAUCAUGCAAAUCGACGACAAUCUGUUUGGUGGGAACUAAUGAAAGAACUUCGAUUUUCUAUUCAAUGUGGUGCUUCAAAUCGUAAAGCACUUGUUGCUCGUCGAUGUUCUCAAUGUACAAUUGAGAAUGACGAUGUUGAAUUAAAUGAAAUACCUCCACAAAAUCAAUUACUUCCUCAUAUACAUAGUAGACGUUCAUUAUCAGCAACAUCGGAUAAUUGUCCAAAUACUUCACAAAAUUCUAAACGUCGUACAACUGUCGAACGAACAUCAGAUUCUGAUAAAUUUAAUACAUUACUUAUGCUUGCUGCCGAACGAACAAGUUAUCUUGAUACACGUCGUAAAAAAUAUUUUAAUGAUACUCAUGUAACUCGAAAACAUCGUCAUUUGUCAACAUCACCACAACGAAAAGAUGUUCCACUUGUAUUAGUUGAACAACAAGAACAACAACAAUCGCCACAACAACCAACAAAUCAUGUACGAUCUCAAGUAGUUCGUUUUCCUAAACAUGCAGAUCUAUCGCCUCAAAGUAGUUUACAAAUUCCUCAUUAUGAAGAUGAUGAUCCACAUACUGCCGAUAUAUCAUCGGGUUCAACAUCAUCAGCAGCAGCAGCAAAUCUUCGUCCUUUACCACGUGUUUCUCGAUUGUGA